AUGCUUGACACAGAAGACCAGCAGACUUCAACUCUGCCUGUGAACUCCGGGCCAAGAGUAAACCUUCUUUACUCGGUUCCAGGAUUUGCAGCACCUGAUCCAGACAGUAUUAAACGAACAGUUGCCUCUGAGAAUACUAUUUUUAGCUGGGGUAGUGUGGAGAUAGCCAGAAUAUCUGCUGAUAUUGUUGAGAAAUUCGGAUUCCAUGUAACACUCAGCGAAGCGAAGAAUAUGAUCUUUGUCAAACAAAAUACAGAGAGUCUACCAAUACCAAAAGUCCUUGCUUACUAUACUUACGGCCCAAUGUCUCGAGAUAUGGAUGACUAUGGUAGUCUGUUUGAUAUUUAUAUAUUUAUGGACUAUGUCGAGGGCCAGAGCCUAGAUAAAGUUUGGGGGGCUUACGAUGAAACUACCAAAAGUUAUAUUGCCAGUCAACUGAAGGAAUAUCUUUGCCAACUACGCCAAAUCAGCCAUAGAAACUAUAUUGGCUCUGCCGAUCUUGGCCCAGUAACCGACCCAAUCUUGGAGCGCCGUCACAACAAAGUGGACAUGUCAGUGGGAUCGUAG